AUGACUUAUACUAAUGAAAUAAUAGAUAGAUAUGAUAAUAUAGCUAGUAUUCCUACCACAUUGACAGGUUUCUUCGGUGGUGCUAGCUACUUCUCUACCUUAGAUCCAGGACAGAUUAUUUUCGGAAUCGAAGCUGUCUGGGUUUAUUCAUUUGCAUCAGUUAGUUGUGGUGCACUUGGUUGGUUAACAGGUCCAACGCUGGGUACAGCAGUCUGGAAGUUCUUACACAAGGCAAAGUUACCUGAGUAUGAAAUAAAGGAGAGAGUUUUCUAUCAUCAUAUAAUGAAGAAUAGAGUUGAUCCAGCGAGACAAUCAGUACAAAAUCCAGUUCCAGAUUACUACGGUGAAAACGUUUAUUCUUUACAAACAUAUAGGCAAUGGCUUAGAGAUCAAGCUACAUAUAAUCGUAAAGCUUAUUUAUCUGAAAAUGAAUAA